AUGAGUAAUAGUGAUGAGGAACCGCAAAAUCUGCAAAAUCUGCAAAAUUUUUCUUUACCGUGGCCAAAUUAUUCGAAGUAUUUUAAAGUGCAACGAGUAAUAGAGGAUAUGUUUUUUUAUAAAAAACUAGAAAUUAAAUGUUUGAUCUGUGUGGGAACCAAAGUUCUCAAAGUUGAUACACGAUCAAACUCUAACUUACGAAAACAUUUAAAUGUAAGUACUUUAGAUCAUCUUUUACAACGUUUUAUUGUAAGUGCUGGUAUACCUUUCUCUAUAAUAGAAAAUCCUGUUCUAAAAGAAAUUAUAGAGAGAGGUUUUCCAAAUAAGAAAUUAAUGUCAAGACCAACCCUGAUGAAGCGAAUUGAAAUUGAAUAUAAGUCAUUAAUGAAUCAAAUAAAGACAGAUAUGUCAAAUUGUUUUCAUAUUGCUACUACAGCAGAUGCGUGGUCAAUUUUUAAAAAGUCAUACAUAGGUAUUACAGCAUCGUGGAUUAAUGACGACUUAUCCAGAACUACAUGUUUACUAGCAAUUAAACGACUUCAAGGUAUUCAUACAUAUGAAGUUUUAGCAAAAGCGAUGGAUAGUGUGUAUGUCACAUUUGAUAUUACAGACAAAAUUGAUUUCUCUACUACUGACAAUGGGUCUAAUUUUGUUAAGAGCUUUAAAGUAUAUGGUAAUUUAUUUGAUGAUAUGGAUGGUAAUGAAAACCAAUGUAUUCUUGAAGAUAAUGACGAUAAUGAAACCAAUCAAGUAGAAGCAAUAGAUUUAAACGUGUUGGUGAAUGGUAUAGACAUAGAAGAUAAAAGUUUACCUUACUCUUUACCUAGACAUCAUAGAUGUUCAGCUCAUACAUUGAAUUUAAUUUCAACCACGGAUUUAAAAAAAGCUUUGUUGGAUGGAAGUUAUAAAAAGCAAUCUAGGAGUACAUUUUCCAAGUGUUAUGCUCUUUGGAACACACAAGGACGGUCAACCAAGUCAGCUGAUGCCAUAAAAAAAUGUUGUGGUAGAUACUUAAAAACACCCAACGCCACUCGUUGGAAUUCUCUCUUUGAUGCUGUAGUAUGUCUUAACAAAUUAUUAAAGCUGAAUGAAUCAAAAUUCAGGCUAUUAAUGGAUGAACUAGUCAUAGUGAGAUUCAAUCGUAAUGAUAUUGAUUUUUUGACUAAUUACCAGAUAGUUAUGGAACCUUUAUCAAUUAGUUUGGAUAUAUUGCAAGGUGAAAAUAACAUGUUCUUUGGGUACUUGGUUCCAACUAUUGUUCAAUUAACUUCCAAAUAUCAACAAAUGACUCAAAGUCAUACUUUACUGAAAUGUGUUCAACCUCUUCUUACUGCCAUAUUAGAUGGCAUUCAAAAAAGGUUUGAUGAUUUGUUGAAUGAUAAAUUUCUUAUCAUAGCUGCUUUAAGCCACCCUUCAUUUAAGACAGCUUGGAUAAAAGAUGAAGUAAAAAAACAGUUAGCUGUAGGAUAUUUUAAAAAGGCAUGUUUAGAUGAGUUCAAUGAGACGGCCACACAAAAUGAAGAUAAUACAUUUGAGAUUGAAACUGUUGAAAAGAAUGUGGAAGAUCCUUCUUCUAAUUUUUUUCAGUUUUGGUCUCAAACCUUUGAUGAUGACCAUCACUAUGAUUCUAUUUUAAAUAAAGAAAUGGAUCAAUAUUUGGGAACAUCACCGACCAAAGAUUUAAACAGUUUAAAUAUUUUACCGACAAUUAAAAAAGUUUUCAUUAAAUUCAAUACACCGCUUCCAAGCAGUGCUUCAGUGGAGCGGGUAUUUAGUGUGGGUGGAGCAACCAUGACCAAAAAAAGAAGCACACAAAAAAUAGUGUGUGAUUUCAGCCCACUGGCCACUAUAAGUUCGUAG